AUGCAUCCCACGGGAAGCCCAUCAAAAUGCGGCUCUUCCGCGAUGAGGAAUGAAUGGUUUCCGGCCCGGAAACAAGCGUGCAACGUUCGGGGGUCUCAUUCUGCAAUCUCUUCCGUCUCCCUUGGCUGGCGAGCUGCUCAAAUGAUUUGGGUCAAAGCAGCCGAAUGGGCUCCUGAACGUCAGGAACAGGUUUUGACGGAAAGGAAAGGGAAGUCGAGUGUUCAUCACAAAAGCGAGAAAAUUGCGCCGGAACGUCGCCUUCGUUUGUGUUUCGCCAUCACCUCUGCAUUUGCGUGCUUCCGGGAGCAAGCUGCAUUGGCCGGGAUUUGCGUGGCUGUCGCUGAGAAAAUAACUCGCAAUGCUCAACUCCAUGAUUUCGAUCAAAUCGUAAAGAAUUUGGCCUCAAAACCAAACGCCCGGGCUGUUGUCAUGUUCGUUGAUGAGGAUAAUAUCCGAAAAUUGCUGGCGGCAGUCAGAAAAGCUAAUAAAGUCGGGCAAUUCUUCUGGGUCGGCAGCGAUUCUUGGGGAGCCAAGAUUCACCCGGUUCGGGAUCAGGAAGAGGUUGCAUUGGGUGCUAUCACGAUCCUACCUAAGCGUCAAACAGUCGAAGGAUUCACGGACUACUUCAAGCAGUUACGACCACACGUCCGCGGGGACUCGUGUGGUUCGCUUAUUGACAGAGCAGAGCGUCAUCAGCGCAAAGUGCACGCGGAUGAGUCGUCGCUGUCGGGGUUCAGCUCCAGGGCCCGCGGGAUCGAGGGUUUGCGGCAGGUCCUGCGGAAAACUGACCCGAAACCCGUCGUCAACUGCAGGAACCCCUGGUUCAAGGAGUUCUGGCGCAAGCAUUUCAACUGCACCUUCAAGGAGAAACUGGCGGCCGAGAGGCGACGUCGUCAUUGUUCCGGGAAGGAGAAAUUAGACGAUUUUGCUCAGGAAGGACUAGUUCCGUUCGUCAUUGAUGCCGUUUACGCCAUGGCUCACGGCUUACACAACCUGAUCCUGCACGAGUGCGGAGAAGACGCGUUUCGCACCGGGAAAUUGUGUCCCGCGUUGACACCCGUUCCCCCGGGUCCUCGACUCUUACCCUUCAUCCGCAACGUCACGUUCGUCGGGAACGAGAAGCAGGUAGUCCGGUUCAACAAGGACGGAGACGCGUACGGCAGUUACAGGAUCCACCAGUACCAACGUCUCGCCAACGGGAAAUACGAUUACAAACCCAUCGGACGCUGGGAAGAGGACUGGACUGACAACAGUUGGUCAAUUUCUCAUUGGCCCGGAUUCGGUGGUCAAGCAGAAGGUCGGGUCGGGUCGAUGUGCCGAGCAGUGGGCAGAGUAAACACUGUGUGGAACCAUGAAGCUGGCAUGGAUUUCCACUUAGUGCCUUCGAACCCCGCAUGCGUUCCCAUUGUCUUGAUGCUCUCGUUAAUAUCCACGGCUCGACUUCACAUUGACCUGAAGCUGACGAAAUGGGCCCCAGGAUCCUUGGAAGAAAACCACACUGUUCCAGAAUCAAGGUGCAGCAAACCGUGUCCAAAGGGGCACAUCCGAAGUUUUUUGGACAACUGCUGCUGGAACUGCGUGCCUUGUCGAGAGGACUUCUUCAUCGACAACGACACCUGCGUGCCCUGUCAGCUGGGCUGGAUGCCGGACGAGAACAGCGUGUUCUGCAUCAAGCUCGUGCCCGAAUACAUGACCUGGGACUCCCUCUGGGCCAUCAUCCCGAUCACGUUCGCGUCGCUCGGCAUCAUCUUCACAGUCCUCACCCUGGCCGUGUUUGUCCGCUACAACCGGACGCCGAUCAUCAUGGCGUCGAGCAGGGAGCUCUGCUACGUCCUGCUGUCGGGGAUCCUCAUCUGCUACCUCAUGUCCUUCGUCAUCCUGUCCAAGCCGUCGACGACGACGUGCACGCUGCAGCGGAUCGGCCUGGGCGUCGGGCUCUGCACCUGCUACUCGGCCAUCUUCACCAAGACCAACCGCAUUUCCCGCAUCUUCAACCAGAGCAUCAAGAGCAUCAAACGACCUUCCUACACGUCGCCCAAGUCUCAGAUCGUCAUUUGCUUGGGGAUCGUGUCGGUGCAACUCAUCGGCUGCAUCGCCUGGCUCAUCAUCGAGAAGCCGUCGGUCCGGGAGAUUUACCCCGUGCGGAUUCAAAGCGUCCUGUCGUGCGGCGUGUCGACGUUCAGCGUCAUGAUGUCGCUAGUGUACAACAUGAUCCUCAUCGUACUCUGCACCCUGUACGCUGUCAAAACGCGGAGGAUCCCGGAAAACUUCAACGAGGCCAAGUACAUCGGGUUCACCAUGUACAGCACGUGCAUCGUGUGGCUGGCCUUCGUCCCAAUCUACUUCGGCACGAACAACGAUUACAAGAUGCAAAUCGCCAGCUUGUGUAUGUGUCUGAGCAUCAGUGCAACCGUGGCACUCGUGUGCCUCUUCUGCCCGAAGCUUUACAUCGUCUUCUUCCAGCCGUACAAGAACGUCCGCCAGGGAGCUCAGGUGAGCAACGAUUUCCCCGGGACUUCCGAGUGCUUCAACCAACCUGCUGCCGUAAUCAGAUCAAGAGCGAGUGCUCUUGAACUUUUUUCCCGCAUCGACCACUCCGACGCGAUGCUUGCUUUCAGUGCGCCGAAAUCCCAGCUUCCUGAACGCGCUUUUCACUUCAGCAAAAAAAAAAAAGAUAGAAAAGAAACCCGUCUGCUGGGAGUUGCUCUCGUCGGUGGAUUCGAUCGAACGAACCCUUUCUCGCGAGAUCGCUUCAGAGGAAAGAAGGCCGGAGACAUUGAACAGAACCUUUACAUAAUAUCCUCUAGGCAGCACUGGGGAACAUUCUGGCUCAUGUCCCUGGUGCUGCAUGCAUGCGUGAAUUGUCCAUCUUCAUUAGAAUCUCAUGCUUUCAAAUUUGUCUCCAACACAGACGGCGAGCGGGAAUUCCAGAGUGAACCACAGCAUGCGGUUCGCGGCGUACAGGUCGGGCCAGGCCCUGGCCAGCAUCACCGCCUCCGUCACAUAUCAAACCCCGACUUCGAGCACGUGCCGCCCCAGGGACCAACCCUCGACAUCCGCGGGACUUCAGACGGUUUCCGAGCCGACGGGCGGCGACCAAGACGGCGAGGCGUCUUACAUACAACCGUCACAUAUCAAACCCCGACUUCGAGCACGUGCCGCCCCAGGGACCAACCCUCGACAUCCGCGGGACUUCAGACGGUUUCCGAGCCGACGGGCGGCGACCAAGACGGCGAGGCGUCUUACAUACACGACUUUCCGAAUGGCGAGUCCAGCUCGCCGCCAAACGUCGCCCACACGUCGUCCACCGUAUUCGCCGCCGUCAUCAGCAAUGACGACGCUGACGAGGGCUGCACCGCCAUCGCUUAG